GGUUUUUGACGGUGAAAUUUGAUAUAUAUUUCAGCUCUAAAUUAAAGUUCUCGCUUAAAAAAUGUUUAGAAUAAUAUAUUUGGCGGGCAAUGCCAAUGGCGCGUAAAAUGCUAAACAGCAAAAUUAAACAUGCACGCAUGAGCACUAUAUAGUUCUUUCAGAAAAGUAAUCAAACAACUUCUAAUAAUUGGUGGUGUACCUAAAUAGGAAAGGACCUAAAUCAUAUCAGGAAAUAUUGACAUAUAUACGUUGUGUAUCGAUCAUAUUACAAUAAAACAUUCUGGACAUGUAGCAUGCGCUUUGCGCUCGCCUAUGUUUUGUCGUUCGGUUAAAAGAAUCCGGCCCAUUAUUUUUGCUGGUGUUUUCAAAUUGAGAAAAGAUGAUGGUAAAUACUUUGCAUUUUAAAUAUAAUCAAUUUGUGGUUAAAUUCUAAAGUUAAAGGUGUUUAAAUUCUCGACGUUUACACUCCUACGACCUUCGCAAGUGUUAUGUUAAAUCAUGGCUUUUUCUUUACCAAUCGAAGUUGUGUACAAUGCGUUUUAUUUCUCAUUCUACGCUGGUUAUGCUCCGUUUAUAAUGUUCCGACCAGUCUAUUUCAAGUACAUUGGACUAAGUCCAGUAUUCGUAGGACUUUUAUGCGGUUUGCGUUUUAUUCUACAGUCAACAGGUACGCCUUUAUUAAUCAUUCUUGCAGAGAGACUGCGCUCCCGAAAGUUAUUGUUUGUAAUAUCAUAUAUUGUUCUCAUGGCCAAAUUAUUGAUCAUACUCGUUGUAUUGCGUCCACGGCAUCAGAUGUGUGUGAUUAAAUAUUCUGGUGAUCGAACUAUGUCUAUGCAACAUUCCUUUGUUAUUCAUCACGUGCUCUUGAAACGAGAUGUGUUCGAGAACUGGAAUGAAACGAACGAAGAUGAAGCAAUAUUAUGGGGAAUGUCAGUCGUUAAUAAUAAAACAUUAAACACAACGCACAGUCCGGUUUCUUCAAAAUUUCAAGAAGCUAUACAUACAACCUCAGCGCUACAGUCUAAAAUUUCUACCACCAUCAGUUCUGACAAAUCUAACAAUGGUCUCCAAGCCUCUGCAACGCCAGGUAUCACAGAACAUAUAAUCUAUAAUGAUAAAGAAGAAUUAUUUCGUAUCUUCUUGUGUUUGUUAGUUCUUGUUCUAUUAAGUGAUGCUUUUGAUUCUACCAUGUUCACUUUGGUUGAAGAAUCCUGUUCUGUCAGCACAGAUGCUGACCACUAUGGACAGGCUCAAACGUGUGGUACUGUAGGCUGGGGUAUCAUUGUACCUAACAUAGGUAUCAUUAUUUACUAUUUCAACCAAGAGUUAUGCGGAAAGUUUAUUGGAUCGUUCCAUUAUGUAUUCUACUUUGCAUUUGCGUUCCUUACCGUUGCUUUCUUCUGUGGCUUGUGCCUGGAUUACCCAACAAAUACACAAGAUAUACUUGUGCGCAAAGUACAGGGACCAUCAUCCAAUUUUCAGUACAGUAUGUUCACUUUUGCAUCAUCCUAUUCUGGAUUUUGUAAUGGAUUUCUAUUAACAUUCACCUACUGGUUUAUUGAUAAUCUUGGUGGCAGUGCUAUGGUUAUGGGUCUUACCACUGGAUGCAGGGCAGUUGUCAACAUCAUUAUAGCCGUGGUUUUAGUUAAGGCAAUUGAACACAUAGGACAUCAAAUAAUAGUUCAUAUUGGCAUUGUUUGUCAUAUUAUUGUUUUUGUGAUUUAUUUCUCAAUCAAAAGGCCAUUGCUUGUCUUGGUUGCAGAAGUUUUUCAUGCAACAGUUCAUAUUGUGAUAACACGUACUUGCAGCUCAUUUCUUUCAAUGAAGGCACCGACAGGAUCUAGUCCAAAAAUGCAAGGAAUUCUUCAAGGAAUAUACUGGGGCCUGGGUACAGGUUGUGGUGCCAUACUCGGUGGAUAUUAUCUCGAAUAUUCUGGUUUUAGAAUGUCAUUCAUUGGAUUCUCAAUCAUCACUAGUAUUGUUUGUAUUGUGUUCCUUAUUCUACAUAUCUUGUUAUAUCUUAUUAAUCCUGAAAUAACCAUGGACGAUAUUUGGACAGUGUGGUCAGCAGCUGCCAGUAAUUACGAAAGUGAAUACGAAGGUUCCGCUGAAGAGUCUGAUGAUUUUCGUGUAUUUAUAAACAUGGCAGACUUACGAGAAGCUAACAGUGAUGAAGGAAAUCAAAGUAAAAAUACGAAGUCAAAGACGAAGAAAAGAAUGAAGACUACGAACACUAACAAAGACGAUAGUGGAUGUGGCAAUAUUUCAUCUUUCUGCUCCAAUGUACGGACAAAUUGCACAGAUGAAUCAGCCUCUUAUAAAUUUUUUAAUUUUUUCUUCUACGGCGCUGUUCAAACAUUUAAUUCCUAUAUCUCAGUGUAUUUAAAGAGUCUGGGUUUAACAGCCAGUCACGUUGGCUUGAUAAACGGAUCACAUCCUCUACUGCAAAUCAUUGGCGCUCCACUCGCAGGAAUACUCGGAGACCGUUUCAAGAUUAAGCGGGUACUUUUGUUAGUAGGACUAGUUGUUAUGACUGUACGAACUAUGUUAUAUCUGCCGGUUCAACCAGAGAAACAAGUAUGCAAUAUUGUGUAUGUCAACAAGACUCAUCACAAAGUUAUUUCGUCCAAAUUUAUUGAAUUUCACAUCACAAAGCGAUCCAUGCGAGAUCAAUUUAUGGCGUCUACGAAGUAUGUUAACAAUAAAACGUGGGGAAAAGAAACUACAUCGGCAAAGAAUUUACUUCACAAUAGUCUAGAUUCUAUGGAUUAUGUUUUCAAUAAUUCAAACGACGAAUCAGAUGUGACAAAGGAAGUACGCCCAAACACGGAAGUGGAUCCCUUUCUAUCGCCUCCAAGCGUGGUUAUCAAGAAGACCAAAGAUUAUAAGUUGAUUUAUGUGAAAACGGAAGAUCAAGAUGAAAUAGAACGCAUUUUUAUAGUUCUUUUAUGUCUUGCGCUAUUCGGAGAGAUAUUCGAAGCCCUUGUUUCGACCAUAGCCGAUACUUGCUGCCUUGACUACCUCGGGGAAGAGAGAGAACGUUUUGGGAUGUUUCGAUUUUGGGGUGCCCUAGGUGCAGGUAUAACUUCACCAAUAAGCGGCGCUAUAUUUGAUCAUUAUGGACAAAUGAUUUGUGGUCGAACCGUGAGCGGAUAUCAUUACUUAUUUUACAUCUAUUUUGCAUAUCUUUGUGCUGCUUUCAUCGCUGCGACACAUUUUAGAUAUCGCUAUGAUACUUCAGUGUCCACAUCAAAGAACAAAAAUAUAAAGGACGCCUUGCUUAAUUUGAAUUAUGGAAUAUUUCUUUUGGUUACACUAUAUAUGGGCCUCUGUUAUGGAUUUUUAACCAGUUUCAGCUUUUGGUUUUUGGAUGAUCUUGGUGCGAAUGCAGUUCUUCUUGGCGUGGCUUCAUCCCUUAGGAGCGUGGCUGAAAACUGUGUUUAUUUUGUUUCACCCUUCGUUUUGGUCCGUUUUGGCCACGUCAACAUAGCAGGUGUCUGUCUGUUGGUGUUUGGAGUUACAUGUUUGUUAUACUCCUUUCUGUUUAACCCCUGGUUUGCAAUUCCUCUUGAAGUUCUGUCUACAGGGGCCUACGCAUUUUCCUGGACAACAUGCGUUUCGUAUCUCAAUCGAGCGGCACCACCGGGCUCUAGUACUACCGUUCAAGGUAUUGUGCAAGCAUCAUUCUGGGGACUUGGUUUUGGUGGUGGUUCAAUCAUCGGAGGAUUUUCAUUCCGGGUGUUUGGAGAACGAGAAAGCUUUCGUGGUUUUUCUGUCGCUUCAUUUACUGUCUUUGUCUUCUUCGUUAUUAUUCAAUGUAUAUUAUCAUCAGCUGAGAAAAAAGAAAAAGGUUCUAAAUAUCAAGCUUUAUCCAAUAAAGAAGAAAUUUCUCAGGCACAGAGUCCAUCGAGCGAAGAGAACAAUUAAAGGAACAUAAUAAAUUACUUUAAUAAACGCCAAACUCCAUGUGCAUGAUAAUCCGGCGAAAAUUCAUAUCAUCGUGUGCCUGCAGAGGUACAUGCAUGUAUGUAUACACGUUCUAAAAAUUAUUAGAAAAUUUUAAUUUUCAUGCAAAAAAGCAUUGUUUUAAUCGAGUUGUGACUUCAAAAGAUCUUUUUCAAA